UCCCUUCCGCCUUCCAGGUGCUUUUGAGCUUCUCGCAUUUUGCGCGGCUCUGUGUUCAACGCCAUUACGGUAAAUGUGCUCCCCUAGGUGCUUCUUGGUCGGCUUUGAACGCAAACAGCUCACACACGCGCACAGACUCCUCCACUCGGAGGAUGACGCGGAACAUUAACUAUCGUCCAUAAAAACCGGACAACCAUGCGACCACCGCCUCCCCGUGAUUGCUCUGCGCGUUUCACCGUCUCGCUCGAACCGUCCCCGGGAAGCUAAGAAGCGAGUUUUCCGAAUUAUUCCUUCCAGUGUGUCUGCUUUUUUUUCUCUCCCCCACAAGGGGGGUGUGGCGUCUAUCCCAACCGGGAAGCUUGUUGUAAGCCUUUAUCAACACCGACUUAGACAGCGAAACGCCGGCCGAGGAAAAACGUCGUCCCGUGGGAGGAGUGGAAGGAGGGUGGCCUCCUGGUGGAGGAAGGGGGCUGAAAUCUGUCAACAGUAAACGGCGUGAAGAUGACGAUGUCCGUCCCGGAGAGGAAAUCGGGAUCGGAGGGGAAGGAGGAGGAGAGCGAGGAUGAGAGCGAGAUCCUGGAGGAAAGCCCCUGUGGACGAUGGCAGAAGCGCAAAGAGCAGGUGAGCCAAGGCAAUGUCCCCGGCGUGGAAAGCGCCUCCCUGGCCAUGGACACGGAGGAAGGGGUGGAGGUGGUGUGGAAUGAGGUGCUUUUCUCCGACAAGAAGGUCUUCAAAGCUCAGGAGGAGAAGAUCAAGGAGAUGUUUGAGAACCUGAUGCAGGUGGAGCAUCCCAAUAUUGUCAAGUUCCACAAGUACUGGCUUGAUAUGAAAGAAAGUCAGGCUCGGGUUAUCUUCAUCACGGAAUACAUGUCGUCAGGCAGCCUCAAGCAAUUUCUCAAGAAAACCAAGAAGAACCACAAGACCAUGAAUGUGAAAGCCUGGAAAAGGUGGUGCACACAGAUCCUCUCCGCCCUCAGUUAUCUGCACUCGUGCGAUCCACCAAUCAUCCACGGCAACCUGACGUGUGACACCAUCUUCAUCCAGCACAACGGACUCAUCAAGAUCGGCUCAGUGUGGCAUCGGCUCUUUGUUAACGUGUUCCCGGAUGCCAACGUCCAGGGAAAGGGGAGGCAACAUCGUGACGAGCAGCGCAAUCUUCAUUUUUUUGCACCUGAAUAUGGAACCGGCGAAGAUGACUACGCCAUAGACAUUUUCUCCUUCGGUAUCUGCGCUCUGGAGAUGGCAGUGUUGGAGAUCCAGGCCAACGGAGACGCUGCCGUCUCCAAGGAGGCCAUCGUCAACGCCGGCCAAUCCCUGGAAGACCCUCUCAUGAGAGAGUUCACGCAGUCGUGUUUGCGCCCCGACGCCAAGCUCCGUCCGACCGCCCACGACCUCCUCUUCCACCGCGUCCUGUUCGAGGUGCACUCGCUCAAAUUGCUGGCCGCCCACUGCCUCAUCAACAAUCAGUACUUGCUGCCCGAGAACUGCGUGGAAGAGAGGACCAAGUCCUUCGACCCUAACGCUGUCAUGGCAGAGAUCAAGCAUGAAGACAGGCUGGGAGUUCAGCAAAGGUACUCCCAUGUGUCCCCUUUAGAGCUGGACAAGUUUCUGGAGGACGUCAAGAACGGGAUUUACCCCUUGAUGAACUUUGCCUCGUCCCGGCCGCAUCCCGUCCCUCGCGCCCUCUCCUUGUCGCAGGAGCAGGUGGAGAUAGUCAAAACGCCCACGCCGGAACCCCAAGAGAUGGAGAGCAGGAAGGUCAUUCAGAUGCACUGCAACUUGGAGUCGAAUGAGGAAGGGACCAAAACUCAUGUGAGUCACGUAGUACCGGUACAUCAGCUUUCUUUAUUUCUCAAGAUGGACGAUAAACUUCACCGGCAGCUUAGCUGCGACAUCCUUCCGACCGACACAUCCAAAGACCUUGCCGGCGAACUAGUUCACUACGCCUUCAUAAAUGAGGAGGACAUCGAAAAGGUGGCCGCGUUCCUGGAGGACGCCAUCAAGCGACACCGGGUACGAGCGCUGCCUUCCGGCACGCAGUGAGGGAAAGGGGGGAAGUCGCGGCAGCCCGUGGGUGGAUGGCCGGCGGGACCA